AUGACAGCUGUAGCCAACUCAAAAACCGAAGACGGCAAAUUCGCUGAUAUGCAAAAAGACACAGUGGAGGUCAAUGGAAAGCAACAUAUGACUACCGACUAUGGAAUCAAAAUAUCUGAUCCAGAUCAUUGGUUGCGAGUGGCAAGUAAUUCCAGCACCGGGCCAAUGCUUCUAGAAGAUCAGAUUGCCCGCGAGAAGAUUAUGAGAUUUGAUCAUGAGCGCAUACCCGAGAGAGUUGUUCACGCUCGUGGCACCGGAGCAUUUGGCACAUUCAAAUUAUUCGAAAGCGCAGCGGAUGUUACAACUGCUGGUGUUUUGACCGAUACCAAUCGCACAACACCCCUCUUCUUGCGUUUCUCAACAGUACAAGGCAGCAAGGGCAGUGCUGAUACCGUUAGAGAUGUACGCGGAUUCGCCGUGAAAAUGUACACCUCUGAGGGAAACUGGGAUAUAGUCGGAAACAACAUCCCUGUCUUCUUUAUUCAAGAUGCAAUCAAGUUCCCCGAUUUAAUCCACUCAGUGAAGCCAGAGCCUCAUAAUGAAGUACCUCAGGGCCAGAGCGCUCAUAAUAAUUUCUGGGACUUUGUUUACAUGCACUCCGAGACGACUCAUAUGAACUACUGGCAAAUGUCCGACCGAGCUAUUCCUCGCUCUUACCGAAUGAUGCAAGGCUUUGGUGUGAACACCUAUUCCUUCAUCAAUAAAGAGGGUAAGCGUCACUUCGUCAAGUUUCACUUCACUCCCGAGCUUGGAGUUCACUCGCUGGUCUGGGAUGAGGCCUUGAAGAUCUGUGGCCAAGAUCCUGAUUUCCACCGCAAGGAUUUAAUGUCUGCUAUUGAUGCUGGACACUUCCCCAAGUGGAAGUUCGGCUUACAGCUCAUCCCCGAAGAUAAGCUGGAUGAUUUCGAGUUUGAUCCACUGGAUGCUACCAAGGUCUGGCCUGAAGAGCUGGUACCCAUUCGAUACAUCGGCGAAAUGGAGCUCAAUCGCAAUGUUGACGAGUUCUUCCCACAAACCGAACAGGCUGCCUUUUGUACCAGUCACAUUGUGCCCGGUAUUGACUUCUCCAAUGAUCCCUUGCUGCAGGGUCGGAACUUCUCUUACUUUGAUACUCAAAUUUCUCGUCUGGGUGCUAACUGGGAGGAACUGCCUGUUAACCGACCUGUCUGUCCAUACAUGAGCCUCGUCAAUCGUGACGGCGCUGCUCGGCAUCGCAUCACAAAGGGAACAGUCAACUACUGGCCUAACCGCUUUGAAGCGAAUCCUCCCGCUAAACCCGCUCAGGGUGGAUUUACUAGUUUCCCCGAGAAGCAACACGGAAUCAAGACUCGCGCUUUGUCUGAGAAAUUCAAGGAACACUAUAAUCAAGCCCAGACAUUUUACAACUCUCUAUCCGAGAUCGAGAAGAUGCAUCUCGCAAAGGCAUUUUCCUUCGAACUUGAUCAUUGCGAUGACCCUAUAGUCUACAAGCGCAUGUCGGAGCGUAUCUCAGCAGUCAGCCUGGACCUCGCCCAGAAAGUAGCGAAAAAUGUUGGCGGAGAUACCCCAACUAAAUCUUCAAAGCCGAACAAGGGACAAAAGGCAAAGGGUCUGAGCCAGCUCGAGUACAUGCCCGAGAAACCCACAAUCGUUACUCGACGAAUCGCCAUUCUGAUUGCUGAUGGAUUUGACUAUUCAACUUAUCUUACCAUGAAAGAGGUCCUCGAGGCUCGCAGUGCCUUCGUCUUCACUAUUGGCGCUCAACGUCAGGGUGUUACCGCUGAAACAGGACAAAAGGUUGUUCCUGAUAACUUCUUCUCUGGCAUGCGAUCCACGCUCUUUGAUGCGACUUUUGUACCAGGUGGAAAGCAUAUUGCAAAUGCAUUGUCCAAGAAUGGUGUUGCAAAGUUCUGGAUCACCGAGUCUUUCGCCCACCUGAAGCCAAUCGCAGGUAUCAACGAGGCUGUGCCUUUUAUCUCGAAGCAGAUUGGUCUUGAAGAGGUGAAGGUUGCCAAGUCUCCAGCCUCUAUCACUGAGUCUUAUGGUGUUGUAACUGGUCAUGGUGAUGCGACAAUGCUGAAUGUUGAAAACGUGGGUCCUGAUUCGAAGGGAUUUGCAGAGCAGUUUAUCUGGCAUAUUUCUCGCCAUCGCAAUUGGCAGCGUGAGUUAGAUGGACUGGCAGACCAGAUUGCUGCAUAA